AUGCCCGGCCAACCCAUGGUCGACCACAACAAUGGCACCCCAAUAGCAACCUCACGCUCCUCCCAUGGCCACCUCCUUCCCUCCGCCCUGCCUCCUCCGCCCUCCUCAUCUUCCGCACACUCCCCUCGUCCGCUUUCUGGAGUCUCUGGAGUCUCUUCGAUCAAUCGCGACCGCGCCUCCGAGGAUCUAGCAGACGGUGCUGCUGUGCGGAAGUCCCACUCUCAUUCCAUAUCUUCCAAUCCCCACACCCUGGCUUCCUCCAAAGGUAGCACCGCGGCGGACAACCGGGACCGUCAGCGCGCCGUUCGCACACUUCCACCCUGGGUGCAAUCCGCCGAAGAAGACGAGAAUGCGGACCCAACGUCCCUCCUCUUGCCCCGGACCCCCACGAGCAUCCGCCCCGCCUCUCACAAUCAUAUGCCCACUCCCAAAGCCAAUGCUGUAGCAGGACGUCACUUCGAUCAUGUAAGAGAAGGAACUCCGGUCACCAUCACUUCGCCUGUCGCCGAGCACGCCUCGAAAUGGCAACAAUUCGCCAAAGCCUCCGACUACGACUAUGUUCGUCCGCCGACUUCCAAUCGAGGGCAGGUUGUGGACGACGAAUGGAUGAAGGAGAACAUGCCCGAUCUGGAGACUCCGUGGGAUCCGAUAGACAAGGAUGAAGAGGAGGAAGAUCAAGGGUGGUGGUUGUUGAAUGCGAGCAAACGGCGUCGCCGCAUCAUCCGUACUCACAGAGUUCUCAUGAAUCACCCAAUGGUACCCGCUGCGUUCCGACUCACCGUCCUGGCUUUUUCCUGUCUUGCGCUUGGUCUUGCUGGCUCCAUCUUCGACAAAUCCACGACCGCGGGCUGCGAGAACAACUCAUCUACCUGGCUCGCCCUAAUUGUCGACAUUGUCGCUAUCGUCUACACCACCUACAUCACCUAUGACGAGUACACCUCAAAACCUCUCGGACUGCGUUCUCACAAUGCCAAAAUGCGACUCAUCUUCAUGGAUUUAUUCUUCAUCGUUUUCGAUUCGGCCAAUCUCAGUCUGGCGUUCCAGGCUCUGACGGACGAGCGUUGGGCUUGCGAAGAGACCGAGAUCACGAACUUCUGUCGAUUUAGUAGGGAUAUUUGUGUGCGACAGAAGGCGCUGACUGCAACAUUGCUGAUCGCGCUCGUGGCGUGGUUGAUGACUUUUGCCAUCAGUACACUCAGACUUAUUGAACGAGUGGCCCGGUAG